CUCGUCUGCUUUCUAUACUCAAUUCAAAUACCUUUAAUCAGAAUGGCCGACUCAUUGGCGUCAUCAGUGAUGUCGCUCCGCUCAUCGCUGCAAUUGCUCGACAGCUCCAUUGACAUUCUUGAUUCGGGCGUACAUGAUUUCCCGCGGCUCACCAGAGUGUUACAGACAACGCGACAUUUCGAGCUUCUCCCAGAACCAACACUUCAGGAAGCCCAACAAGCCCUCUUAGAUGAAAUCACUCCAAGCAUUGCGCACCUCCUAUCCGUUGCAUCGAAUCACGUCGAACGCCUCGCCCGUCGCGAAGACUCACUAAAGGCCAAAUGUGAAUUGCAAGAGGGGCGCAUGUCCGACAAACGGAGGGUAUCUCCCGCGCCGAACCUUGGUCGCGUACGCACAGAGACUUCGGAUGCCAGUGCUAAGGCUAUUCAGCUGAGAAGACUUGUGCAGAAGAAGGAGAGAUUGAAGUAUGCCGUUGACAGGCUAGAGUUGCAGAGCCGCCAGAAGGAGAGGGAGCUGAGGAAGAGUAUGGCUUUUCAGUGAUGGGCUUAGUUGCUGGGGUAUAAGAUUUAUUCAGUAAUAGUACAAUAUGGCUUGAUGGGGCCUGAUAGUUGCUGGGCUUGGUCACUGCGACGACAGUCAGUCGCAUGCUGGUAUCGGUCGAAGAUGCAGGUUUACGGCAUCAUCCCAGCGCCCGAGACAAGGAACCGUGGAUCUGGCUAGCUUUUACUCACAGGCUUUAAGCCGACACGAUGGCACUACAGGCAGAGCAACUGUGUUCGUUUACGCGGUUGGCCAUAAGCCUUAAACGACCUAGUGUUGAUAUAAUCAGCAAUGCAGAAAGUUGAUCAAGAUUCUUCUCAUGUACAGAUAAGUCGAGUCGUGUAUGAUAGAAUUGUUAUACAAUAUAAUA